GUUCUUUCCUGUUAGAAACUGAAAGUAAAUUCGACAACUUUUCUCUCUUUCUGUGGCUUCACCCAGGUUGUUCGACUUGCAAGACAGCAGGAGAAAUGAUUGAUAUGGGACCAGACCAGUCCUCUUCAGGAUUGUGAGGCCUCCUCUCUGAGAGUUAUAAUGAGUUAUCAUCAGGGGGCUGAGGGUGGAGCCAUCACGAAAGAAAGACAUAGAGAUGGAUCACCAAACAAGGAUCUUGAUGAGACCGUGAACCCUGAUAUGAGGGGCUCUCCAGAGACAGAAGAGUCCAUUUCCUCUGGUAAUCUAUCAAUGAAGAGUGGCGAAUCCAUGGAUAUUCCUAUUAGUUUCAAAGGAGGGGUCUCUCUACGAAACAAAGGGCCAGUAGAGGUACCUUGUGAUAUCUGCUCUGAGGUCCAAGCUGUGAAGUUCUGUCUGACCUGCAGUGUGUCCUACUGUGAGACCCACAUCAGACAGCACUAUACAAUAGCAGCACUGCAGAGACACACACUGGUGGAUGUGACUGGAGACCAGGUGCAGAAACUCUGCCAACAUGACUACAGUCCUCUGGAGGUGUUCUGCAGGACAUACCAGAUGAUGAUCUGUAGUCAGUGUGCAGAGACAAUCCACAAAGGACAUGAUACCACCAUCCAUGAGAAAAAGAAAGCUGGAACACAGACCAAGAGUUGUGAUGGAGACCAAGACCAAACACUUACCUCAUAUGAUGUGCCGCAACCUCCUGGUGAGAUCCAGUUCUCGUCACUGACGUCAGACUCUGUGUCUCUGAACUGGGGUUCUCCUGAGGGUCUGACCGGACCACAGAAGUUCAGAGUAACCUGGGAACGUGAAGGAGAAAAGCGCAAACUAAGAGUGAAAGAUCUGCAUAAAGUUGAAAUAAGUGGACUUAAACCUGGUGAAAAGUACAAGUUCAACGUUUCCACAGAAGGAGAAGAUGGAAAACAAAGCAGAUGUGUCUCUGCAUCUAUAUUCACAGUGGUCCAAGCCCCUAUGGACUUAACAAUAGAAAAGUUGCAAACCACCUCCCUGGACCUUUGCUGGUCCAAGGCUCAAGGAAUGGAGGGAAUCCCACAACACUUCCUCAUAUCCUACUGCAGCCCAGGAACAGAAACUCAGGCAGCCUACACUGAGAACUGCUACAAGACACUCUCUGACCUACGACCUGGUAGUCAGUACACCAUCAGUGUCUCAACUGUGCUGAACAAUGGGGAAGAGAGUGAACCUGUCUCUACAGCUAUUUACACUAUUAUCCCUGCCCCAGUAGGGCUGAAUGUGUACUUAGUGGACACCACAUCAGCUGCUGUUAGCUGGAACCAGCCACCAGGAUUGGACCAAACCCAACAUCAUUACCAGAUCUCCUACCGCUGUCCAGGGACAGAACCACACAUCGCUACCACAUCUUCACACAGCAUCACUCUCUCUGACCUGCAAGGUGGUACUCAGUACUCUGUCACUGUCUGUACUGUGCUGGAAAAUGGAAGUAAAAGUCUACUGGUGUCAACAACCUUCACCACAGGUUACACUUGGCUUUCGAUGUUGUGGACUCCAGUCCCUUUCCGCCUGCCUUUUAUAGGCCAGCAGUCAGUACUUCCUGCUCCAGACCAGCUGACUGUUGACUCAGUGGACACCACAUCAGCUGCUGUUAGCUGGAACCAGCCACCAGGAUUGGACCAAACCCAACAUCAUUACCAGAUCUCCUACCACUGUCCAGGGACAGAACCACACAUCACUACCACAUCUACACACAGCAUCACUCUCUCUGACCUGCAAGGUGGUACUCAGUACUCUGUCACUGUCUGCACUGUGCUGGAAAAUGGAAUGCAAAGUCAACUGGUUUCAACAACCCUCACCACAGUACUUCCUGCUCCAGACCAGCUGACUGUUGACUCAUUGGACACCACAUCAGCUGCUGUUAGCUGGAGCCAGUCACCAGGAUUGGACCAAACCCAACAUCAGUACCAGAUCUCCUACCACUGUCCAGGGACAGAACCACACAUCACUACCACAUCUUCACACAGCAUCACUCUCUCUGACCUGCAAUGUGGUACUCAGUACUCUGUUACUGUCUGCACUGUGCUGGAAAAUGGAAAGCAAAGUCAACUGGUGUCAACAACCCUCAAAACAAUACUUCCUGCUCCAGACCAGCUAACUGUUGACUCAGUGGACACCACAUCAGCUGCUGUUAGCUGGAACCAGCCACCAGGAUUGGACCAAACCCAACAUCAUUACCAGAUCUCCUACCACUGUCCAGGGACAGAACCACACAUCACUACCACGUCUUCACACAGCAUCACUCUCUCUGAGCUGCAAGGUGGUACUCAGUACUCUGUCACUGUCUGCACUGUGCUGGAAAAUGGAAAGCAAAGUCAACUGGUGUCAACAACCCUCACCACAGUACUUCCUGCUCCAGACCAGCUGACUGUUGACUCAGUGGACACCACAUCAGCUGCUGUUAGCUGGAGUCAGCCACCAGGAUUGGACCAAACCCAACAUCAUUACCAGAUAUCCUACCACUGUCCAGGGACAGAACCACACAUCACUACCACAUCUUCACACAGCAUCACUCUCUCUGACCUGAAACCUGCUACUCAGUACUCUGUCAGUGUCUGCACUGUGCUGGAAAAUGGAAAGCAAAGUCAACUGCUGUUAUCAACCCUCACCACAGUACUUCCUGCUCCAGACCAGCUGACUGUUGACUCAGUGGACACCACAUCAGCUGCUGUUAGCUGGAGUCAGCCACCAGGAUUGGACCAAACCCAACAUCAUUACCAGAUCUCCUACCACUGUCCAGGGACAGAACCACACAUCACUAUCACAUCUUCACCCAGCAUCACUCUCCAUGACCUGAAACCUGCUACUCAGUACUCUGUCAGUGUCUGCACUGUGCUGGAAAAUGGAUGGCAAAGUCAACUGCUGUCAACAACCCUCACCACAGUACUUCCUGCUCCAGACCAGCUGACUGUUGACUCAGUGGACAUCACAUCAGCUGCUGUUAGCUGGAACCAGCCACCAGGAUUGAACCAAACCCAACAUCAUUACCAGAUCUCCUACCGCUGUCCAGGGACAGAACCACACAUCACUACCACAUCUACACACAGCAUCACUCUCUCUGACCUGCAAGGUGGUACUCAGUACUCUGUCACUGUCUGCACUGUGCUGGAAAAUGGAAAGCAAAGUCAACUGGUGUCAACAACCCUCACCACAGGAUCCUGUCUCAAGGAGCUGUUGUCCAAGGCUGGACUAGAAGAUCAUUAUGAAAACAAGCUGAUGUUAAGUACUGUCCUUGAGAUAAAUGCUGAUACUACAUCAGAUGAACCUCUUACCACUAUGCAGUCACUUCCAGGGGCCUUCCUGAAGAAAUUAAUGAUGGCAAAUCUGAAUGCAAGGAGUGUUAAAUGUCUGACCACUGACCAUGAGGUUUCCUAUUGUGGUGUAGACAACCUGGACACUGACUCUGAUACUAGUAAUGUCAUUAAUCCACUAGACCUGAUCACUGCCCUGUUUCUGUGUUCAGAUGGUUUCCUGCAGCAGGAGAUGGUCCAGAAAAUGUCCAUCUGUCAGUUUGCUGUUCCUCUGCUGCUGCCCAACUGUGACACAGAACAAAGCACUUUGAUGCUGUGGGCCUUGAGGGACAUAGUGAGGAAGUUUAGACCCUCUUCACAAGUAGACACCAAGUCCUUCAUAGAGGAGAGAAUUGUACUCUCUGAUAUUCCCAUGGUGUCCUUUGUUAGGAUAGGAGAGAGCAACUUGUCCAAGUCUAAUAUGUUGAACAAACUGCUAAGUAAUCCUGACACAUUUGUCCAUCGUGAUAUGGACUGUGGUGAUGUACCUCGGAAGAUUUCAAAUGGUCUAGUUGAAAUCAGCUGGUACCUCCCAUGUGGGAAAAGAAACAUAGACAGGUUCACCAAGCCUGUGGCUUUUGCCAAUCUGAGAGGAGACAUCAGGUCCUUUAAAACACAGUUUUCCUUUCUGUGUCAAACAUCAGCAGCAAUUUACGUGUUUAGUGAUGAAUUAGAGGCUGAUUCUGAGGUUUUGAAAGACAUAAACACAGAGUUAUUUCUGGUUGUUAACUCUCAGAGAAAAACCUUCACAGGAGACAAAGUAACACAUGUAAUAGAAAAGAAGGGGAGGAACGAAGCAGCAUUUGUAAAAACCCUGCAGUCAUCUGUGGGUGAUGUAAUUGAAAAUUGCCAAAACAAAUUGCCAAUUGAAAAAAUGGAUGUUAUUGCUCGUCAGAGUGGGAUUCUGGUUGAUGAAGACAAUGAUGAGUGUCAGAGUGCCAGGAAGAUGGCAGAUAAAAUCACCAGCAACAUCACAGACACAAUUAAAUUCAAAGACAAACAACUACCCUUACAAGGGCAAGUCUGGAAAGAGAUUUCCCAGUUGGAGAAAGAGAGGUGUAGGCUGAGAAAACAAGGGGAUCAAGACAUUGAACACUACAGGAGCUCUCUGAAGAAAAAGGAAAUAAAACUCAGAGAAAAGCAACAAAGCUUUGAGAUGACAGAGGCAAUGACACAUUUUCUAAUUGGCAUGUCAAGUUCAGAAGUGGAGCGAUCCUAUUUCAUCAAAUGGAUGCGGAUAUAUUUGGACAAUAUGUCACGGAAGAAUCUGUCUGGUUUACGAGAAAAGUAUAAAAUGCUCCAGAAAAAAGAAUCUGCAGAUAAAAAAGACAUUACAGAGUUGGAUAGGCAAAUAUCUGACGGUUCCCUGGGACGUGAACACUUCCUACGUGAGUUGGGCCAGUUAUAUGAAGCUGCCUGCUCCCUCCCUGAAGACAGCCCUCAAAGGAAACAGAUGGAGCAUCUCCCUGGAUUGUGUGCUCAGAUGCUGUUGGAUGGUUUCCCCAUUGAGCUUGUGGAUGGAGAUGCAUCAAAUAUCCCUCUGAAAUGGAUAUCAGCUGUUCUGACUCGGCUGCAUAAUCUUGUGGACUCUAACAGCAAGAUUCGUGUUGUGACAGUUUUAGGGGUUCAAAGCACUGGGAAGUCCACUCUCCUCAACACCAUGUUUGGGGCCCAGUUUGCUGUCAGCAGUGGAAGAUGCACCAGAGGGGCCUUCAUGCUACUGAUUAAAGUCAACAAAGACCUCAAGGAGGAAUUGAAAUGUGACUUCAUCAUGGUGAUUGACACAGAGGGGUUGAAAUCACCAGAGUUGGCCCAACUAGAUCAUAGCUAUGAACAUGACAAUGAACUGGCAACACUGGUGAUAGGACUCAGUGAUGUCACUAUCAUCAACAUGUCCAUGGAGAACUCCACAGAGAUGAAAGACAUUCUACAGAUUGUUGUUCAUGCUUUUAUCAGGAUGAAGGAAGUGGGGAAGAAGCCGAUAUGUCAUUUUGUGCACCAGAAUGUGUCAGACAUGUCUGCUCAUGACAACAACAUGAGGGACAGAAAUAAGUUCUUGGAACAGUUGAAUGAAAUGACCCAGGCAGCAGCCAGAAUGGAGAAGAAGGAGAAUAUCACCAAGUUCACUGAUGUGAUGGAGUAUGAUCCAGACACAAGCAGCUGCUACAUCCCAGGACUCUGGCAUGGGACUCCCCCUAUGGCUCCAGUCAAUGCUGGCUACAGUGAGGCUGUGUAUGAUUUAAAAAAGAGCUUGAUGAAAGAUUUUAGAAUAUGCCCAAAAAAUGAUGAUUUGACACAUUUCAUGAAGUGGACACAAAGCUUGUGGGAGUCUGUUAAAUUUGAGAACUUCAUUUUCAGUUUCAAAAACAGCUUGGUUGCAGAUGCAUACGCCAGAUUGUGCUCUGAGUACAAUGGUUGGGAACGGGCCUUCCAGAAGGAGAUGUACAACUGGAUGAUUGGUGCUGAAACCAACAUUUCAAAUUUUGGCAUGACAGUUCUUAAUCACCAGAUCACCAUAAGAGAUGUGCUAAAAGACUUGAUGGCAGAAGCAUCCAAGAAGCUUGCAGAGGGAGAAAAGGAAAUCCAAGACAAUCUAGUAAAAUACUUUGAAAAGCAAGAUGGCCAUGUCAAUCUGGUGGAAAAAUACAGGGAAGGCUUUGUGUCCAGUGCCAAAACACUGAGACGAGAGACAGAAAACACAAUCAGUAACACUUUACAUGGAGCUGUUGAAAUCAAAGAGGGAAUGGCCCAACUGGAUGACAUCAAGAGUUCUCAGGCAAAUACAAUGGAGAAGAUGGUGCUGGCUUUGCUACAAACCUGUAAACAGAAUAAAUCUGAUUUAUCAGAACAGGUCCUCAUAAAAGAGUUUGAAAGAAUGUGGAAGAAAACUCUGUCUGAUAUCAAAUUCAGAGGACUCCCAAGAAGACAUGUUGCUCAGGAUGCCUUCAGCAUUUUACAAGACCAUUUAUCUACGAGGUCGGGUUAUGUCCAAAGUUUGUUGCAUGGAAAAAGUUUGGGUGACUGUGGCAAGAACCCAUUUGUUGUAGAGUCAGGGGAUCUGUGGCAGAAGACUAAGGACAUCGUGAGGUUAUGGAAUAGAGAUGACAGGAAGAAACCACAAGACUUCUGUGAUGACAUCAUAACACAGUGUCAGGAGUUUAUAACACAGAAGGUGGGAAGCAAAACAGAUUACCAUGAUACUUACAUCAAAGAGCUGCUUGAAAUAAUUGAUCAAACAUUGCAACAAAACAAGAAACGUAAAGUUUCUGAGGAAUGUGAGAUUAAACUGAAGCUGCACAUCUGUGGCAGAGCAGUGAGAACAUUUCAAAAGAAGCAUGAUGAUUUAAUUACAGUCAACGACCCCCGGAAAUGUCUGGAACAGUCUAAGAACAAGUACCUUACUGAUUUCAAAUACUUAUUUAAUAACCGAGACCAGUGCCAAAAGAAAGCUGAGGAGUUCUCAAAGCUCUGUUUGCAGCCAGCUGUACAGGACUAUGUGACCAAAAUGAUUGGUCCUGAUGUGGUUGAUGAAGUGAAGACGGGUGAAGGGUCAGAGGAUUACAGCACACGGACGUCCUUCCAGUUCUCCAUUUUGAAACAACUCCUGACAGAUGGAAAAUAUGAUAAAUAUAAAAGGUACAUAAACCAUAAUGAAAAGUUUGUGAAGGACUGGCUGUUUGACCAGAUUGUCCAACAACUGUCAAAGGAGAACAGUCUGGAAAAGUUGGAGAAGAAACAUCUUUCAGAGAUAGUCAAAAUAAUUACUGAUACAAUUUCUAACAUCAGAAAAUCACAUAGCACUGUAAAAGAUAUCAAUACUUUCAUUCAGAACAUCUGCAGUGCCCUUGGAAAGAAGCUCGUCUACCCCAAGGAUGGUCUGGAUUUGAUCAUGACUCUGAACUACUCUGAAAAUACAGAACAGUUUGCUGACUACCUAACAAAUUAUGUGAGAGAAAUGGAGCUGUCACUGGUAGCUGAGUACAACAAGGGAGGAGACAUCAAAGAGAGACUCGGAUCUCUGCCAUUCAAGCCUCAGGACAAGAUGUUCACCAGUCUGUUUGGCUGUGGGGAAGUAUGUCCCUUCUGCAGUGCACCCUGUGAAGCAGGAAGUAAGGAACAUACCAAACACUUUACCUUCAUUCACCGUCCACAGGGUGUCGAUGGCUGGAGGAAGACGGAUACAAAUGUGUUACUAACUGACAUAUGUUCCUCCAAAGUGAAUAGUGACAAAAAAUUCAGGACCUCCCUGACAGGAGACAAACCUCACCCCUACAAGGACUACCAGACAUAUUACCCUGACUGGAUCAUAACUGGAGAUUCCAGUAUGGAGGCUUCAGACUACUGGAAGUAUGUGAUGGCCACAUUCAAUGAGAGAAUCGCUGAAGACAGAGGAGACUCAACACUUCCUGCUGAUAUCCCAGAGGACUGGAAGGCAUUAACAAGUGAUGAUGCAAUGAAGGGCUUGAAGGGCUCAUUCAACAUGAAAGAUUAGUUUCUAGUUUUCGACAUUCAACGAUUUAAAGAUGUCAGACAUGAGAACCAGAAAUAACUAAUGACAUUGAUAUAUCACAGAAUCAAACAUGAGGAAAUAAUGUGCAGAAUGGGCAAAACCCAAUGCAAUUCUGAAAAGAAGAACUGCAGCAUGACAGUCAUAUUUUCAAAUACAUUGAUAAAUGAUAUGAAUUCUUGGCAAUUUACAGAUCUGAUGUUCCAUAACGAAACAGCUAAAACUGAGUUUUAUGGGAAAUUAAUACAAUAUUAUAAUCAAUACAAAAUUCAAAUCUUGAUGAUGUUAACAAAGAGAUUUGAGCAAAUUCAGAAAUCAGACAAAAUGUAAGAGAAGUGAUCAUGAACACCAGCAGGUUAACCAACAUGAUUUUUGUGACUUGAUAAUGUCCAUAAAUAAACAAACACAAUACACAGGUAACUAAGAAGCUAGUCUGACAUUGUUCAUUUAGUUUCAAUAAUAAUAAUUAUAUUUCUCUCAUGUACUUACCAUCCAACCAAUGGCUUGAUAUGCCUUAAUCACAGAUCAAUGAUUAUGACGGGCUGGAUGGUUCAGUGGUGAACGAUUGGCUUGGCCUUUGUUUUUGUUAUUUGACCUUUUACCUCUUGAUGUCAUUUUUUAUUUAGAGAAUAAUAUGUUGUUUCAUAUACAGGUUUUACACAUUUACUGGUCUUUAAAAAAUUUUUACUUCAACAAGAAUCAUUGCUAAGUAGACUUAAAAGAUAAUGUUUUUAAUGGAUCACACCUUCAAAUAGUGAUUUGUUCAAUGACUUCAUUGCUUUGAAGACGUUAGUUUGGAUACAGUGUAAUUCAUAAUCAGUGACCAUCAGUAAUGUAACUUCAUUAAUACUCUUCAGGUAUGCUUGAUGUAUGUAGUAAGUUUUGAAGUAAUGCUUAGAGACCAUCAGUAAUGUAACUUAAUUCAUUCUAUUCAGUUGUGCUUGAGGUAUAUAGUAUGUUUUGAGGUCCUGCACUGUGACUGUUGUUUUGGAUGCUAAUGAUUAUAAUGGUAUUGAUGAUGCUGUUUGCAUUUAUUUGUGAUGAUGAUGUUUGUUGAUGAUGGUGAUUUAUAAAUAUGGCAGUUGAUGAAGAUUGUUGAUUAUUUUGUUUUUGUAGUUGAUGAUGAUGAUGGUGUGAGAUUAAACUCUCUAAGGCCUGCAGGAAAUGGCUUUCAGUUGGCAAAACUAUCAGCAUGAUGAAGACCAAAAAAGUUUCAUUGUAUUUAACAAAUAUUGAUAUUGUUUAUGAUCUCUUACAAAUGUUAUUUUUCAUUGCAGUGAACAUCCACACACAGUAUAUUUACUGUAGUUUGUAGACAUAUUGUUGACAUUGAAAGUAAAAAAAAACUUUCCAUUUUGUAUUAUCUUGUUAUUAGAUGAUAAUGAAUAAAAACCAAAUCAUUAAAAACAUUAUUUGGAUUAAAACAU